CCGCAGAGCCGCCCUCACUCCCUCCCUCCCUCGGUGACGCGCGUGCCCCGCAGCGCGCAGCCGCAGCGCCGGCAGCAUGCGCGCCGAGGCCCGCGGCGGCCUGGAGCGCUUCUGCAGCGCGGGCAAGGGCCGGGGGCUCCGCGCGCUGCGACCCUUCCACGUGGGCGACCUCCUCUUCUCCUGCCCGGCCUACGCCUGCGUGCUCACUGUGGGCGAGCGGGGCCACCACUGCGAGUGCUGCUUCGCCAGGAAAGAAGGACUGUCGAAAUGCGGACGUUGCAAGCAGGCGUUUUAUUGUGAUGCAGAAUGUCAGAAGGAAGACUGGCCUCUGCACAAGCUGGAGUGCUCAUCCAUGGUUGUUUUUGGGGAGAGCUGGAAUCCUUCGGAGACGGUGCGGCUCACAGCCCGGAUCCUGGCCAAACAGAAAAUCCACCCGGAGAGGACGCCUUCAGAGAAACUGUUGGCCGUGAAGGAGUUUGAAUCCCAUCUGGACAAGCUGGACAAUGAGAAGAAGGACCUGAUCCAGAGCGACAUCGCUGCUCUCCAUCAGUUCUACUCCAGACACCUGGAGUUCCCCGACCACAGCAGCCUCGUGGUGCUCUUUGCCCAGGUGAACUGUAAUGGCUUCACCAUUGAAGACGAAGAGCUCUCUCAUUUGGGAUCGGCGAUAUUCCCUGAUGUCGCGUUGAUGAACCACAGCUGCUGCCCUAAUGUUAUUGUGACCUACAAAGGGACCGUGGCAGAAGUCAGAGCUGUACAGGAGAUCCAUCCAGGAGAUGAGGUGUUCACCAGCUAUAUUGACCUGCUGUAUCCAACAGAAGACAGGAACGACCGGCUAAGAGACUCCUAUUUCUUCACCUGCGAGUGCCGGGAGUGUACCACCAAGGACAAGGACAAGGCCAAGGUGGAAAUCCGGAAGCUCAGCAGUCCACCACAGGCAGAAGCCGUCCGAGACAUGGUCAGAUACGCGCGCAACGUCAUUGAGGAAUUCCGAAGGGCCAAGCACUACAAAUCCCCUAGUGAGCUGCUGGAGAUCUGCGAGCUUAGCCAGGAGAAGAUGAGCUCUGUGUUCGAGGAUAGCAAUGUGUACAUGCUGCACAUGAUGUACCAGGCCAUGGGCGUCUGCCUGUACAUGCAGGACUGGGAAGGAGCCCUGAGGUACGGGCAGAAGAUUAUCAAGCCCUACAGUAAGCACUACCCUGUGUACUCCCUCAAUGUGGCCUCCAUGUGGCUAAAGCUGGGAAGACUGUACCUGGGCCUGGAGAACAAGGCUGCUGGGGAGAAGGCUCUGAAGAAGGCCAUUGCCAUCAUGGAAGUAGCUCACGGCAAGGACCAUCCAUACAUCUCCGAGAUCAAGCAGGAAAUCGAGAGCCACUGACUGCACCCCAGCUUUUCUUCAGGAACCUCAUAGGACUUGAAUAUUUGCAGCCUCACGGGUCACCCCAGCCUUCCACAAAGCCUUGCCUGUGCCGCGUUUUCAGUUUUCAGGUUCAUGUUCAGCGUUCCUUUUUUUUUUAAGGUCAUGGCAUGACUUCAUGAAAUACAGAUUUGGGGCAGACUGAGCUUUAAAAUCGCAAUUAUUUUUCCUCCGUGCCUGUUGGAAUGUUCUGCAUAGAGUUGAAUGAGAAAAGAAUAAAAGAGCCAGGCCUUGAAAGUGUUUGUUUUCUCACAUCUGUGAGGAUGCGCUCGUGUGCGCAUGCAUGUGUGCAUGUUUGUGCGUACAUGCAUGCAUGUGUACAUGUGUGUGCGCAUACAUGCACGCAUGUGUGCUGGGGGAGGCUUCUUCUCCUUCAGUCCUUGAGUCCAGUUCUCUGCCCGCGAGUGGGGUUCAUUUUCUUUGGUCUGCAGUUCCUUUCACAUUAGACUCUGGAGGGAGAGGGGCAGGAGGGAAGGCACUAGGAGCAGCCAACUGGCCUAGGAGCCCUCCCUGGAAGGAGGACUUGGCCUCUUCCCGGCUUCUCUUUGGCACCUUCUGGAGAUACUGAGCAAUGGAGGCUGCAUCUUCCUGCCAUUUCCCCUCUUGUUCCAUGGACUAGCCCCUGUGCAUUCCUCUCCUGUUCUGGAAAGACUCCAGAGUAAACUUGAGGAGGAAGAACUAAUUCCUUACCAACCGUGUGUUGUGAGCAAACACUGGUCUCUACCCCCACGCCAGCAGGAGUCCAGCUCCUCCCAGCCUGGCCACCAGGACCACAACAGCCUGGGCCUCUUAGCAGUCCCUAAGCUGAGGGCAGGGAUGAUGCUCACAGAAAAGUCUCUGCACCCCACAGAGUGCCAGUUCCCCACUGGAUGACAAGUAGAACUUAAUGGAGGUGGCCUCUGGUUGUCUGUCACAGUCGCCUUGGGGAAAUGGCUUGAGUGACUGGCCAGCACCAGUGUGUCCCCCUCCCCUUCAUCUCCAUGUGGUGGGCUCUCAGUCACCACACAGUGGGAUUGAGCUGGUGGAAUGCAGUCUGUCUGCGGAGUCAUCCAGUGACCCUCUCCUGGAUGCAGAGCACGGUUACCCCUCCAGCGCAUGACGGCAGAGACGGCCCUGUUCUUCCUGUCGAGGCUCGGCGUUCUAAGAGUGCUCAUUUAGUGCAUGGCCGUGGCUGAGCCUCAUGUAAACUUGGGAUACCAUCUUUAUGGUAGAAAGGUUUCAGUUUCUCAGGAAAUUAGAAAAGCGUGCCCCAGCCUGGAGGAGACACCACUGGUCAGGUCUGUCCACCUUCCCCAGAUACAGAGGCAAACCCAAGCUGCCUAACAGUGGGCACCUUUUCCUGCACUUAGCAAAUUGUUCUCAACCUUAGAGUAUAAGUGCAGAUGUCCUGAUUGCCUCGGGACGCUCGCAUUCAUGGGUAUGUGUUUCGCUCUCUCUCUCUCUCUGCCCCCCCGUCCCCCCCCUGACAGGGUUUCUUUAUGUAUCUCUGGCUCUCUUGGAACUCUCUAUGUAGCCCAAGCUGGCCUCGACCUCACAGAGGUCUACCUGCCUCUGCCUCCCCAGUGCUGAGCUUAAGAUGCUAAAUGGGCGGAGGCAAAUUGUUUCCUAUUUUUAGGUGGAGAAAACAACAUUUUAGCCUAUGCCUGUGGUCUACCGGUGAUUGUUGGAUGUAUUGUUUAGUUUCUCUCUCGCUGUGAUAAAAUACCCGGACAAAAGCAACUUUUAGGGGAAAAGGGUUCAUUUUGGCUUUGAGUUCUGAGGGAUGGAGUCCAUUGUGGAGGGGAGGAUGUGGCAGUAGGUAGGGAAUGCAUGAUGGCCGAGCAGAAGGCUGGCUGGACACGCGGCAGAGAACAGCACCUGAGGCCAACCCCAGAGACAGCAAGGCUUGACCUCCUAAAGGUCCGCAACCUCACAAUGGUACCACCAACUGAGAGCCAGGACUGCAAGCCUAGGAGGGACAGCAUCUCAUAAGGUUUCCAACUUUAUAUUUUAAAUCAAAUUUUUUAAAGAACUGUUAUUGCAUGAACAUACAGAUGUUCUCAGAGGGCAGAAAGGGCUGUCAGAUCCCCUAGAGCUGGAGUGUGGUGAGCUGCCUACUAUGGAUGCUGGGAUCCAGGAUCAGGUCCUUGGAAAGGUGGAGAACUCUUGAGCCUUCUCUCUAGAGCCCACCCCCAAUAACUCUGGAAUCUUUAGAACUGGUUCUCUCCUCCCUCCCACCCGGGAGCUGCUGGGGGCUUUUCUACAUCCCAACCAGUGACACACUGGACGUCCUGACGGCUCCUGUUCACAGAUUGAGAAGCUCAUCCAUUUGUCUAGAUGUUUGCCUCAAAAAAAGGGUUUAGUUGUUUACACAGACCUACCCAGUCUUCUCAAUGCUUGGAUUUUGUAUUUUUUACACCUAAGGAAAGUAAAACGUAAGCUCACAAAACAGCAGUCUGUUGAGAUCCCUGCUCCCCUUCACUCUGAUGCAUGCUUGGAGCACUUGUGAACAUUUUUUGAAUAUGUUUCUUUGGUUUAAGGGAUUUUUUGUUUUUCUCAAGCUGCAGAGAGGGCUCAGUGGUUAAGAGUGCCUCCUGCUGCUCCUGCAGGGGACCUGGUGUGGUUCCAGCACCCUCUUGGGUGGCUCACAGCCACCUUCAGCUCCAGUUCUAGGGGAUCUGACUCCCCCUUCUGGCCUCAACAGGCACUGCACUCAUGUGCAUGUACCCUCAGACACACAAGUACACAUAAAUAUUUUAAAAGGCUGAUUUCGUCUCUGUUAAUAUUUUCUUUGGAGACUAACAGAUAUGCAUGUGCUGAUGGCGUUAACAUUUUAAAAUUUUUAUGCAUACGAGUUUUGUUCAAGUAUGUAUGUGUGUGCAGUACAUGUAUGAACUGCCCAAGGA